GAAAGACGGGCGGAGCUAGGUGUACGCAUGCGCGGUACAAAGCUGGGGGAAAGCCGCCCCUCCUUCGCUGCCAUGGGGGGAGAGGGGUACUUACUCCUCUCUGUGCGGGCCGCCAAUAAACAGCCGCGUUUGAAUAAACCGGAGAGGACGGCAGAGCGGUGCUCAGUCUAGUUUCGGGCCCCCUCGGACCAUCCUCUUCACCGAUGUUUGUGCGGUGGCUGCUGCCUGUGCUCCUGGCUCUGUCCGCAGAGGCCGAGUUCUUCCAGUUCGACAGCAUUUCCAAUGUGUCUUCUUACUAUUUUAAUUACAUUUAUUGCAAUGUAUGGGAGGGGGAGUGUCAGCCCAACCAAGACGAUGCUACACAGCAAGUUCCUACCAGGGACCUUUGGGCAGGUCUUUCUCAGGACUACACCAGCCUGCUGCAUCAGUGGUACUGUAGCCUUGGCCAGUGCUGUGACUCUGGAGACUGCAGGAUAACCAACAACAUCACAGGUCUCGCUAGGGACCUUCAGACAAAGCUCCACGGGCAGCACCUGGCUCAGUCUGUGGUUCUGAAAGCCAUCCAGGGUUUUAUCAACAACCCAGAGUCCAACAAGCCGCUGACCCUGUCCUUGCAUGGCUGGUCCGGCACCGGCAAGAACUUUGUGUCCCGGGUCAUCGCCGAUAACCUGUACCGUGACGGGGUGAAGAGCGAGUGUGUCCGUCUGUUCAUCGCCCCGUUCCACUUUCCACAUGCCAGACUGGUGGACACAUACAAGGGCCAGUUGAGAGAGGCUAUCCGGGACAUGGUGUUGCGCUGUCCUCAGACUCUAUUCAUCUUUGACGAAGCUGAGAAGCUUCACCCGGGCCUCAUUGAUGCCAUCAAACCCUACAUGGAUCACUAUGACAACGUAGAUGGAGUCAGCUACCGCAGAGCCAUCUUCCUCUUUCUCAGUAAUAUUGGUGGAGCUACGAUCAAUGACGUAGCGCUGGACUUCUGGCACUCCGGUCAAAAUCGAGAGGACAUUGGUAUGGAAGACCUGGAGCAUCGUCUACGAGCUGAAACUAUGGAGUCCCAUGGUGGGUUCGCUCAGAGUGAGCUGAUGUCUGGCCACUUGAUCGACUUCUUUGUGCCAUUCCUGCCUCUGGAGUACCGCCAUGUCAAGCUCUGUGCACGGGACGCCUACGCAGCACGAGGCCUGGAGACGGAUGAAGCUACGCUGGAUGAGGUGGCCAAGGCGAUGCUGUAUGUCCCCAAAGAGGAGAGACUGUUCUCAGCUCAGGGAUGCAAGUCCAUCCCCCAGCGGAUCAACUUCUUUCUCCCUUAGUAGGAGAGAGACAGACAGAGAGACCUGGCGGAGGUGUGAGAAUGCUUUACCAGCCCAUCUACGUACAGAGCCACAGCGGAGAUGUGUCCUCUCUGCUCUCGGCGCUCUCCCCCGACAGAUACAACGCGUGUCUGUCCAGGUCCCUCAGAGAAGGCCAGACAGCAGGACUAGUAUAAAAGGGGAAAGCAGCUCGACUCAUCCUGGAGACAUGAGUGCCGGACGGUCAUCAUGUGCAGUUUGAUCCUCACAGUAUCAAGACGGAGAAUUAGACAGUGGUAAUGGUUUUGCGUUGUACGUCAUGGAGAGUUACUGAUACACUUUUAGUUUUGCUAUUUAUGUCUGUUCACCUUGGCCAAAGUCUUAGGUUCACUGUUUUUUAAGUUUUUGCCUGUAAGACAUAGUGCUAAAAUUAGCACUGAAUAUUUAUUGUCAUAGUUCAACAUCUUACUGUCCCACAUUAUUUUUGUGGAGUUGUUUAUAUAAACAUUUUAUGGGAACAUACGGUAUAAGUGAAUAUUAAAUGGCACUGUAGUGUGGAUGUGUAACAGCUAUCGUAAAUGGUACUGUGAUGCAAAUGUUACUUGAGAUUGUUAUUGAAAUCUAGUGAACGUUCUUUUCUUUUUGUAAAUAUGUUUUAAUAACAGUGCUUUAAUAUAUUUUAACAUUAACAAUGUCUUGGUGUUGUCAUCAUUACGUAAUCUGCUGUUUGUAAUCUUUGGGCAUUGUUAACAAAUAUAUUUUAUUCACUGACUUAUGUUCACUCAUGCAUUUGCUUUUCACAUACUCUCUCACGGGUUUGAGGUUGUCCACUUUAGUGCUUUCAGUGCCAAAGCUCAGGGUCACGUCACAAGAAGAACAUGAAAAGAAAUGUCAGAAAUGGUUUUAUGAAAAUAAACAUCCACAGUAAACCAA